GACGGUGGGCGGGGCUACAGGCGCAAGCGCAGAUCGUGCGCGUCUGGAUCAGCUGACCCGAGGGGGCGAUUUGGCUGAGGCAGGCCGCUGUCUGCCGCCUCGGAGUCGCCGCCGCUGGCGCCGUCGCCAUAGCCAUGGCCAGUCAGUCGCAGGGCAUCCAGCAGCUGCUCCAGGCGGAGAAACGGGCCGCCGAGAAGGUGUCCGAGGCCCGCAAGCGAAAGAACCGGAGGCUGAAGCAGGCCAAAGAAGAAGCCCAGGCUGAAAUCGAACAGUACCGCCUGCAGAGGGAGAAGGAGUUCAAGGCCAAGGAAGCUGCGGCUCUGGGAUCCCAUGGUAGCUGCAGCACUGAAGUAGAGAAGGACACACAGGAGAAGAUGACCAUCCUUCAGACCUACUUCCGGCAGAACAGGGAUGAAGUCUUGGAUAACCUCUUGGCCUUUGUCUGCGACAUCCGUCCAGAAAUCCAUGAGAACUACCGCAUAAAUGGAUAGAGGCAGAAGAAAAGUGCCUAUUCCGUGGAUUGGCGUUUUGAAUGCCUUCAUGGAACAUGAGGCUUCAUUUAGCAAGGCUUGAGUUAUAUCUUAUGAAAAGGCAUUAAAUUAUUUCUGUAUAUUAUAUAGUAGGUCCCUUCACUUUUUGCAGAAUCGCCAAUGUAGAUUCUUUGUACAGGCUUGGAGCUUAUCCAAAGAUAUGUAUCUUUUUACCUCAUAUUUCUUAGAAAUUUAAUGGAUAUAUGUUGUCUGUUUUCUAUGCCUUUUCACUCAAGCAGCAUAUUAUCAACACUGACUUUUUCUUUCUUAGAUAGUUUUUUAAAACCCAAUUUUCUUAAGAAAGAAAGGGAUUAAAACAUUUUUUUCCCAAAAUCUUUCUUGAAGGUCAGGGGCUUUAUCUAUGAAAAAGUAGUAAAUAGUUAUUUGUAACCCAUGUGAAACAGCAGCCAGCCUUAAAAUAGUCCUUUCCAACUAAGGGUUAGAACAGUGGGUCCUAGUGUUGGGCUGCUCUUAGUUUCUUAUUCACACUUACUAGAUGGUAGAAUUCAACUUGUUACACGUUACUACUUGUGUAUUGAUACUGUACUGCUAAUCAUUUAAAAGUAAAGACUGUCGUGCGUUUUCCUCCUCUCA